AUGUCGUCCUCACCCACUCCCUCAGAACGUGAGGCCGCCGACAAGGUCACUGCUGCCCGCGAGGCAGAAGAGCAGGCCAAGCUUCCCUACAAGUGGAUGCAAACCAUCCAGGAUCUAGACUUGACGGCUCAGGUUCCUGGAAACCUCAAGGCUCGCGACUUUGACAUCAAGAUUACAAAGAACCACCUGCGUGUUGCUGUCAAAGGUCAGGAUCCCAUCAUCGAUGGCGAUCUUCCUCACCCCAUCUACGUCGACGAAUCUACCUGGACCCUUGAAACCACUCCCUCAGGCAAGGAACUCGCUGUCCACCUUGACAAGGUCAACAAGAUGGAGUGGUGGGCCCACGUCGUCAAAGACGCUCCCAAAAUCGACACCUCCAAGAUUGCCCCAGAGAACAGCAAGCUCAGCGACCUCGACGGCAACACCAGAUCCAUGGUCGAGAAGAUGAUGUACGACCAGAAGCAGAAGGAGAUGGGUCUGCCCAGCUCUGAUGAGCAGAAGAAGCAGGAGAUGCUCGAAAAAUUCAUGGCUCAGCAUCCCGAGAUGGACUUCUCUCAGGCCAAGAUGUCGCCAUAA